ACGAACAUGGCGCCUGAGCGCUUGAGGAGUCGUGCUCUCUCGGCUUUCAAGCUGCGGGGCUUGCUACUCCGUGGUGAAGCUAUUAAGUACCUCACAGAAGCUCUUCAGUCUGUCAGUGAAGUAGAGCUUGAAGAUACACUGGAAAAGAUCAUCGAUGCAGUCGAAAAGCAACCCUUAUUUUCCCAGUCUCUUAAAACAAUAGAAACCCUAUUGGGCAGUACAACCAAAAUUGGAGAUGUGAUUGUUCUUGGAAUGAUAACACAGUUAAAAGAGGGAAAAUUUUUUCUGGAAGAUCCUACAGGAACGGUACAACUGGAUCUUAGUAAAGCACAGUUCCAUAGUGGUUUAUACACAGAAUCAUGCUUCGUCUUAGCAGAAGGUUGGUUUGAAGAUCAAGUGUUUCAUGUCAAUGCCUUUGGAUUUCCACCCACUGAAUCUUCUAGUACAACUAGGGCAUACUAUGGAAAUAUUAAUUUUUUUGGAGGGCCCUCUACUACAUCUGUGAAGACUUCUGCAAAACUUAAACAACUAGAAGAUGACAAUAAAGAUGCCAUGUUUGUGUUUAUAUCUGAUGUUUGGUUAGACCAAGUAGAAGUGUUGGAAAAACUUCACACCAUGUUUUCUGGUUAUUCACCAGCACCUCCAACCUGCUUUAUCCUAUGUGGCAAUUUUUCGUCUGCACCAUAUGGAAAAAAUCAAGUUCAAGCUUUUAAAGAUUCUCUAAAAACAUUGGCAGACAUAAUAUGUGAAUAUCCAAGUAUUCACCAAAGUAGUCGUUUUGUGUUUGUACCUGGUCCGGAGGAUCCUGGAUUUGGUUCCAUCUUACCAAGGCCACCACUUGCUGAAAGCAUCACUGAUGAAUUCAGACAAAGAGUACCAUUUUCCGUUUUUACUACUAAUCCUUGCAGAAUUCAGUAUUGUACACAAGAAAUUAUUGUCUUUCGUGAAGACUUAGUGAAUAAAAUGUGCAGAAACUGUGUUCGUUUUCCUAGUAGCAAUUUGGAUAUUCCUAAUCACUUUGUGAAGACUCUCUUGUCCCAAGGACACCUGACUCCUCUUCCCCUGUAUGUCUGCCCAGUGUACUGGGCAUAUGACUAUACUUUGAGAGUGUACCCUGUGCCUGAUCUACUUGUCAUCGCAGACAAAUAUGAUCCUUUCACUCUGACCAAUACUGAAUGCCUCUGCAUAAACCCUGGCUCUUUUCCAAGAAGUGGAUUUUCAUUCAAAGUGUUUUAUCCUUCCAAUAAGACAGUAGAAGAUAGCAAACUUCAAGGUUUUUGAGAUUCUUAAAAAGACCACCCACCUGAAGAAACAAGUCAUCAAUUUUCAGCAUAAUUUUAUACUUUAUGUAAUUUUGAUACUAAGUUACAAUAAAUUAUGGUAAACGCGAUAAUGUUUAAAUUUGUAUUUUAUGAAACUUUGAUAUUAAGUUGUA